AUGGAUAAAUACGUGAUUGUGAGUCCUAUAGGCGAAGGUUCUUUCGCCAAAGUGUAUCGCGGCAGAGAAAAAUUCACUGGAAGGGAUGUUGCUCUCAAGUUUAUUUCAAAAUUAGGAAAAAGUGAAAAAGAUCUAAAUUUUCUUCGUCGUGAAAUUGAAAUUUUGCGAAAUAUGAAACAUGAAAAUAUAGUGGAGAUGUUAAAUAGUUUUGAAACAAGUAAUGAGCUUGUUGUUGUGACGGAACGUGGUUUAGCAGAUUUAUAUCAAUUAUUAGAAGAUGAUGUUUAUUUACCUGAAGAAACAGUUCAAAAGAUCGCUUGUCAAUUGGUAUCAGCAUUAUACUAUUUACACUCUCAUCGUGUGCUACAUCGAGAUAUGAAACCACAAAAUAUUCUCAUUUUUCAAGGUGGACGAGUGAAAUUAUGCGAUUUUGGAUUUGCUCGAAAUAUGACAAUGAAUACGAUGGUUUUGACAUCAAUCAAAGGGACACCUUUGUACAUGUGUCCAGAACUCGUUGAAGAAAAACCUUAUGAUCAUUCAGCUGACUUAUGGGCUCUCGGAUGUAUUUUGUAUGAAGUCUAUCACGGAAAACCGCCAUUUUUCACCAAUAAUGUUUUUCAUUUGAUUAAACUGAUUGGAAACGAACCCGUCAAAUGGCCAAAAACGAUUAGUCCUGAUAUGAAAAGUUUUCUAGAAGGUUUAUUAACAAAAGAUACUACACAUCGAUUAACAUGGCCAGAUCUUUUAAAUCACCCAUUCGUUCAAGCUGGUGUAAAAGUACCUGCACUAUCUGAAUCGAUUAUUGCCCCAUUGACUAUUACUCCAACAGAAGAACAAAAAAUGUUGAAACAACAACAAAUUAAAAGUAAAGGUGUUUCACGUGGACCAUCGAAAUUGUUAUCGAAAUUUAUGCCUGACGAACAUCGCAAGGAAACUCCAAAAUCACCGAUAAAGAAAGAAAAAACGCCAAAAAAAAAAGUGCCAGCAAAAGUCGAUGAACAACCGACAAUACAUAAUGGAGUUAUGAAUCUUAUUUCAACUGAACAAACUAUGAUACCAAGUGUUGAAUCUGUACCGAUAGCAACAAAAAAGAAAGAUGUGACUGUUGAACGAAAAUCUUCCAUUAAUGAACAACAAUUGCGUAAAUCAAAAGCACCAGUAACUACAUCAGAUUCAGAACAGGAAGAGAAAUGGGUAUCUGCUCGAGAAAAUAUGUCACCACCGAUAAUGCCAAAUGAACGUGAACUAGAACAAUACGCAGAGAAAAUCGAAUUUAUGAACAGUGAUCAAAUUGUUGAAUUAUUGCACAAUAAUCAGUUUUACACGUUAUUAGAAUCUACACAUACAUUAGCUUUACCAAAAAUGUUCGAAUGUUCGUUGAGAGGUGCAUCAUUGUAUCGAAAUCUAAUGAAAAUAAUUCGAUAUGUUCUACAAUCUGAUACUGAAUCAGUUUUAAUUAUAACAUUUUCACAUUCAAUCCAUUUGCCAGAAUUCGUCGUUAAACAUUUAAAACAAAUUAUGGAACAAACAAACAUUCGAAAAGAACCUUGGUUCAGUCAUGUUCUAUUUGAUAUUUUGAUUGUAAUUCGUUUAUGGUUUGAACUAAUAACAUCUUCAACACUACAACAACUUCAACCAAAUGAAUGUGAACAUUAUUUAACAAUUGCUCAUUUAUUUCUUGAACAAUCAUCUUCAAUAUUACAAUUAUCACAAGAUCUUGACUAUGCUUUGUGUUGUGAAACAUUAAUGAUUCUAAUUAUUCUUUGUGAAUCAUUUGAAGACUCAUCAGCUGAAUUAUCUCAAGCAUGGUAUGAUCCACAACGACUUGAUAAAUGUCAACUAUGGUCAACUAUUGCUCAUAUAACAACAAAUUAUAAACAUGAUACAAAUAAACAGAGAGCAUCUUCUGAUGGUGAUCAAAUUAGUCAAGAAGAGUUGUAUAAUGAAACACGAAUGUAUGUUAUUGCUGUUAUGGCUGCAUUUACUUAUCCAUCUCAAUGUUUACCUGAUGAUUUACUUCAACCAAAAAUCAAAGUUGCAAAUUCUCUUGCAAUAAAAUUACUUGAAAAAAAUUAUGCACCAUUUCGUGAUAUUUGGCUUGCACAAUUUAAAACACCAAAAUGUGGCUCAAAUAUUCUUAAAGCAAUGUAUGGUCUCUGUUUAUCGACACCACGUUUCAGCUCAUUCUUACUCGAUGGACAAUUUAUUUCACAUGAGUUAUUAGAAUUAUUAUAUGGACAUCUUGCAAUCGAACCCACAGAAUUAGACGAAGCAAUCGAAUUAUCUGUGCAUAUCUCAACAAUUUUACUCAAACAAAUUGUGUUACAAUGUGAUAAUGAAACAUAUGUCGAUCUCAAAUGUAAAUAUUCAAUAAAGGAGGACAAAAAAUUUGAAAAAAUUCUUCCCAUUACAUCUCACAUAACUCAAUUAGCUUUAACAACACAAUUUCUACCUCAACGUGCAGCAUGUGCAUUACAUCUUGUUUAUGCAAUUGCUUGUGGAGCAAAAUUUGAAUUGAAUCCAGAUGAAUAUAUCGAAAGUUUAUCAACAAUAUUUGUUCAAUCAGAAUGUGAUUUUCUUGUUCGAUUUCCAUUUCAUCAUGGUCUAUUAGAUGGUAUCAUUGGACUUUUACUCUAUUUUGUUCAAAUUGAUCCACAGAAAACUAUUGGUAAUUUAAUUGAUUGUGGAUUAUUUUUUAUUUUAUGGCAACAAGUUCGUGCAGCAUUUCGAUCAUUAUCUCCGUCACAAGAACAUGGUAGUACAACAGAACGUUCUUCAAUUGAUGAUUCAACAAUUACACCAGACUGGAUACUAAUUUCGAAACAUGGUGUAUAUGAAUUAUUAGAAUUGACAUUAGAAUUAUUUCUUCAGCGUAUGCAUAAAUGUUUGAGUAUAUUGAUCCAUCCUGAAAGUAUCAUGUUUGAAUCGUUAUCUUUGAUGCUUAGUAAACAACUACUAGAUCAAUUUGAAUUAAAAUCAGAUGGUAAAUCAUCAUUAACGGUUGAAAUUAUUACACUACCAGUCUUUUAUAUACAUCAUUAUUUAGCUGGUCGAAAAACUAUUGUUCAAAUGUUAAUGAAUGAUGUUCAGUUAUGCCAGUUUUAUGAAAAUGUACUUUAUGGUAGAAAUGAAAGUGAAUUCAUCUUAUGUGAUGUUCUUUUCACGUUUACAAAUCUCAUUCGAACAACUGACACCGUUGUACCGUGUUUAAGUGAUAUACUAAGUGGACCAAAAAGAGAUUUUAAUGUUUUGUCACGUGCAUUAUGUGGUAGUGAUUUAACAAAAUCUCGAUGUUGUUUUCUAAUUGGACAUAUGACAAAAUAUUCUCGUGCAUUUUGUAAUAUUUUGAAAUCACAUGUUGAUAUAUUAGAUUUAAUUCGACAAUGUUGUUUCGAAGAAGAUGCUCAUGUUCGAAAAAUGGCAUUUUAUUCGUUAGGCAACUUUAUUUCUACAAAUGAGAUACUCUACGAUUUUGUUGAAGAAUUAAUACCCUAUUUAGUUCAAGCAUUAAAUGAUACAAUAUUAAAAAUUCGAUCACAUGCUGUCAAUAUACUCGGAUUUCUAUCAAUUCAUCGUUUAUCUAAUAGGCUAUUGGAAAUGAAAGUACCAGAAAAAUUACUUGACGUUGCUUGUCAUGAUACACAUGUUUUAGUACAAGAAUUUGCUAUAAGAGCUUUAAAACAUUUAUCUAAACAUGAGAAAGCUCGAGAAAUUUUACGUGAUUGUAAUGCAUGCGAAAAACUAUCUAAUUUAUUAGCAUCGUUGUGUGCUGUGGCUGAAAAUAGUCAAUAUUCUGAAACUGAUGCAGUUAUAGAAGAAUGUGAUGAACUUUUGAAUAUGUUAACUGAAACUAGUUAA